GUGCCUCAGUGCGCAUGCGCAGGACCAACUGAAGCGAAUGUGCGUUCCGUGAGGUGACAGCUGUCCCGAUGAUAUCGAUGAACGUAUUCAGCAGUGAUAACAGCCUUCCCCAGAACAGCCACGGCAAAAAGCAGAAGAAGAAAAACAAGAAGCACCGCAAAACAGCAGCAGUGGAGAUCUCUAGUUUGGAGCUGGGACCCCAGAUCCCCUCCUCCGAUGAACUGUGCCACAUCCUCACCAUCCACAGACCCGCCACCCCUCCAGAGUCGCCCCCUACGCCUCCGUUAAACCUUUCCCAGAGCCCUCCAGACCUCCAGCCUCCAGCCCCCCUCCCUCACUCCAUUCCCAUCACAGUGGUUUCCUCACCCAGCGUCCUCUCGUCUCCAGACACACCUUCCACUCCCGUUACACCUUCACUGGGCCUACCUUCAGUUCUCUCCACGACUCCUCCCACUCCACAGGACCCGUCCAAUCAGCUGACCCCACCACAAGCUUUGAGCCCUCCCCCUCCAGACUUUUCCCCGCCCCCAGCAGAAUUACUCGGGUCAGAUGACGAGGAGCAGGAGAAUCCGUCAGAUUACUGUAAAGGAGGAUAUUAUCCAGUGAAGAUUGGAGACUUAUUUAAUGGCAGAUAUCACGUGGUCAGGAAACUGGGAUGGGGUCAUUUCUCCACUGUAUGGUUGUGCUGGGAUCUACAACGGAAACGGUUUGUGGCACUGAAAGUGGUUAAAAGUGCCCAGCACUACACUGAGACUGCACUGGAUGAGAUUAAACUACUGAAAUGUGUGCGAGACAGCGACCCCACAGACACCAAACGAGAGAGGGUAGUACAGCUCAUCGAUGACUUCAAAAUCUCUGGUGUCAAUGGUGUUCAUGUGUGUAUGGUACUAGAGGUGCUCGGCCACCAGCUGUUGAAAUGGAUCAUCAAAUCGAACUACAUGGGUCUGCCUCUGAUCUGUGUGAAGAGCAUUCUUCGACAGGUUCUUGAGGGCUUGGAUUACUUACACACAAAAUGCAAGAUCAUCCACACAGACAUAAAGCCUGAGAACAUCUUGCUGGACGUGAAUGAGGUGUACGUGAGACGGCUGGCGGCAGAGGCCACGAUAUGGCAGAAGGCUGGAGCUCCGCCCCCCUCCGGCUCUUCCGUUAGCACGGCCCCAAGGGAAAAACAGAUGGGUAAAUUAUCAAAGAAUAAGAAGAAGAAGUUGAAGAGGAAAGCCAAACGGCAGCAGCGUCUGUUGGACGAGAGGCUUUUGGACCUGCAGAGGAUGGAGGACCUGGAUGGGGUUUUGCCACAGGAGGCUUCUGGAAACACACGAGCGCUCUGGAGGCUCAGUGAGGACGGAGAGGACGAUGACAGACAAGCACAAAUGAACGGUAACGGGCACUCCUUCAUAGGAGCUCUGACUAAACACAGUCCUGAAUCGGGCUCGUCGUGGCUGGAGGAGGGUUGUAACGGCUUCGGACCCCUGCGCUUCUCCAGCCCUGGAUCGGGCCUAUCCGGGGUGUCCAGCUCCAUCCUGUCAGCUACCUCUGAGUCGGCUCUGUCCACACUGUCCGGAUACUCCACUGAGCGCUCACUGCUCUCUCCCAACUCAUACUCCGCUGCUGAUUUCUUAGUGAAUCCUCUGGAACCUCAGAACGCAGAUAAAAUACACAUCAAGAUUGCAGACCUAGGCAAUGCAUGCUGGGUGCACAAGCACUUUACCGAGGACAUCCAGACGCGUCAGUACCGAGCUCUGGAGGUGCUGAUCGGAGCCGAAUACGGACCCCCUGCUGACAUAUGGAGCACUGCGUGUAUGGCGUUUGAGUUGGCGACUGGAGACUACCUGUUUGAGCCUCACUCAGGAGAGGACUACACUCGAGAUGAAGAUCAUAUAGCUCACGUCAUUGAGCUGUUGGGUUCCAUUCCUCCUCACUGCGCCCUCUCAGGCAGAUACUCCAGAGAAUACUUCAACCGGAGAGGUGAGCUGCGGCACAUCUCGAACCUGAAGCCGUGGGGACUGUUUGAGGUGCUAUUGGAGAAGUACGAAUGGCCUCUGGAUCAAGCGGCCCAGUUCAGCGACUUCCUGCUCACAAUGCUGGAGUUCAUCCCAGAGAAGCGCGCCACAGCUUCAGAGUGUCUACAGCACCCCUGGCUCAACUCAUAA